GUCUUAACAACUGUUCUGUGGAGCAGCUGCAAUACCGACAGCCACCUUGAGCCACUACUCGUGCAUUGAAUUCAAUGAGCACUUUAAAUACAAUAAACAGGGGAGAUCAAUACCGUAGCUAAUACCUUGUUUCAAUCGCAAAUUUGGAUCCACAUUCUUUUGCAAGGGACUGAACUGUUAAUCACUGAAAACACGGCGACGUUUUAAAAAGUACAGCAUUGGACACACGUGAAAGCAAACACAGGCGAACAAAAGAGUAACGCGUUUGUGGUAAUCACCGUUCUGUGGUCAGAUGGUACCUCCCCCUGGAUGAUUCAGUUAUAUUUCUACGUUUUGCUGCUGGUUGCUGAGUGGAAGAGAUUUAUGCAAAAACUAAACACAAAAAACCAAACCCGAGUUCGUAUGUUUCACCUCCCGGGACCUGUGAUCUGUAAGGCAGGAUCAGGAUGAGGAAGCCGAAAAUCUGCAGGCUGGUUUUGGCUACAUGUUUUGGGUCUUUUGUCCUUGUGAUUUUUUACUUCCAAAGUAACUCAAACCCAGCUGCAGAACAAGGGAAUUUUUGGAACGGCUGGCAAGGGAAAGCUGGGAGAAGUCCACUCCAGACCCUCUAUGACGGUUACCAGUUUGAGCUAUCGGCCGCCCAGGUGACCCACCAGGGCCGGCGAGACCUGCUGGACAGGACCUGCCAGGCUUACACCAGGAAAAGGCGAGUGCUGACCCCCGACGACCUCAAACACCUCAUCGUGGACGACCGCCAUGGGCUGCUGUAUUGCUACGUUCCCAAGGUGGCCUGCACCAACUGGAAGCGUGUCCUGAUGGUGCUGACAGGUGAUGGCAAGUACCGGGACCCCCUGAAAAUCCCCGCCAACGAGGCCCACGUCCCCUCGAACCUGCGCACGCUUUCAGAGUACAGCACCUCCGAGAUCAACCACAGGCUGAGGAACUACCUCAAAUUCGCGUUCGUCCGAGAGCCUUUUGAGCGGCUGGUUUCGGCCUACCGCAACAAGUUCACCCGGAAGUACAACACAGCCUUCCACAAGCGUUACGGGACCAAGAUUGUCAAGCGACACCGGCCAGACCCCAGCGACGAGGCUCUGGAGCACGGGGACGAUGUGUCUUUUGAGGAGUUUGUGUACUACCUGGUGGAUCCCCACACCCAGCGUGAGGAGCCCUUCAACGAGCACUGGGAGCGUGUACACUCGCUCUGCCACCCCUGCAUCAUCCACUAUGACGUGGUGGGCAAGUACGAGACUCUGGACGAGGACGCCCGCUACAUCCUGCAGCUGGCGGGGGUCAGUGAUAGAGUCCAGUUCCCUUCCUCCUCCAAGAGCACUAGAACUACAGACGACAUGACUGCACAGUUCUUCCAGAAAAUCAGCCCCUUCUACCAGAAAAAACUCUAUAAUUUGUACAAAAUGGACUUCUUGUUGUUUAACUACUCCUUACCAACCUACUUGAACUUUCGAUGAGAAGCAUUGUCUUUUUUUUAAUGUUUUAUUUUACCUAAUGAACAAUAGGUAUUUGUGGUGGUGGUGUUGAUGGCUGUGUAUGCUGAUGUUGAGGACUUGACAUGUCUUCCUCAGAAACUGGAAGUUUAAAAUAACUUGCAGGAUGUUAAGCCUCUAAAUAUACAUAUUUGUGCAAUACAUCACAAACCUAUUCUUAUAGCAGUUCUGUUAAGCGAGUAAACGCACACAAAAUAGCCCAUGUAUAGUAUGCAUGUUUGAGGAGCAAUUAACCCCAAAACAGACAUUAGCAGAGUAAAGAUGAAGUAUUCAUAUUGUGUGCUAUCCCAACACAUGUAGAACUUCAACAAAGGCUAUGUUUUUUUUUUUUUUUUUCUUUAGGAUCUAUGUGUAACAUUGCACACAGAAUGCAAUGCUGGAGGUUUAUGUAGUUCUGCUUUGCGAGUUUGCAGAUGGCCCCUAAUGUACAUAUUUAUUCAAGGUCUAUUUCCAUUCCAACAGGUUUAAUUUAUUACGAGAUAUAUACUCUAAACUGCUCAUGAGCUUGAGUUGCAAAGACUUAUAAACUUUAGAUGCACAAUAGUGUAGCCAGCUGUGCUCUUGUGAGGGAGAAAGUAGAAGCAGUAGUUAGUUGUGAUGCAGAGACUGUUCUUUUCCUGCACCAAAUAUGGACCUUUUUUUGGGAACCUUCAGACAGGUCAAAAUUCAAUUAGGUGCCAUACAGGAUGCUUCAUCAGCAGUUAGUGAGGGUGAAUUUACAUACGGAGUAGCUUACCUACUUCAGAGGAGGCAAUAGAAUGAUUUUAGUGUUUCUAAGGAGACAGCUUUUCUGUUUUAAUGUCUCUGUUAUACUGUGGCAAGUACAGUACUAUAUAUAUAUAUAUAUAUAUUUUUUUUUUCUUUUACGUACCUUAUUGCUGGCAGGCCAUAAAGGAUUUCUUUUUUUAAGCCCUUGUAGGAAUGUGGAACUAUACAUCAGCAGCAGACCUAGUCCUUAAAUAAUUGCCAGGAAGAUGUUGUAUUUUACUGUACAGUAUAUAUGUGCAAGUUAUGAAACAAAUGGAAAAGAUUACAACCUUCAAGACCCAUCUUGUUCCUGAUGUUUCAUUUCUUAUAUUGAAUAACCUAUUGUGUGGUCCUGUGUGCUUCUCUCGUUGUUUCUGCUUAGAUCAUAAUUUGACAUGCAUAGUAAAUAUUCCAGCUUCUGUAGGAGGAAGAAUAUUGGUGUUGCACACCAGGAGGAUGAAUAUUUGUGUUGCACACUAUUAUCCUUCACCUCGCGUUGCCUUUUUAGAAGAUUUGUUUGCUGGAAUAGUCAGUAAGCAUGACAAUCUAACCCGAAACAGCUGCAGAGAAUCGGACUGAAUAAACCAGUAGGAGAUCAAACUAGUAAAAUGACUAGGAAAAUGUACCGUAGAUUAUGGUAGUGUCCUUUUUUCAUUUUUUUUUUUAUCAGAUUUCAGUUGAGCUUAGUAUUGUUCAUAAACACGCUUAUAUUGCUGUAUCUGGGUAGAGUGCUGUUUUCCAGGCUGUUAGUGCAGAGUCAGUGGCUGAGCUGCAAUUUGAAAUGAGGGUUUUCGUGUGAUUUACUUGUUUAAAGAUACAAGGUGUCUUUGUGUAGAUUACUUCUUAAACUUUUUUUUCUGUUUUUUUUUAUUAUUCAAAAGUCAAAGUGCACAGACAGCUAGUUUCAUUUGUUGCUUUUUACUCAAUAUGGUAAAUACCUGUCUUCAAGAGGUUCCAGAUACAGUGACUCUCACUCGUCAAGUCAGUCUGGCCUUGGUGGUGAAUGAUGGAUCGGUGUGCAAUGGCCUUUAUACAUUUCAAUUAAUGAUAAAGUGUUCACUUUGGGGAAAAGAUGUGUGUGAUACAUUAUAGAUCCGGGACAUACAGAGAAAUACUUGUUCUAGACUUGAGUAAGCCAGAAAAUGUGUUUGGGCAGUUUCUGUUUUCGGCUGUUGAUUUGCAAUCAAAUUAUAGAGGGGCUUCUCGCUCGGUCCUGUCGCUGCUGGUUUUCAUUGCAACCGAGCUCUCAUUUACUUAACUAGACCCUUAAUUGAACUGUUCAUUUGCUUAAUUAUACCCUUUUACUUGUUUUCAGCUCUUAAACAGUUGCAGAUUUCAAGUUAGCUAUAACAUUUUACAAGUAAUUUGAACUGCAACUGUUUAAGAGCAGAAAACAAGUAAAAAGGUCUAAUUAAGCAAACGAUCAGUUUAUUUAAGGGUCUAGUUAAGUGAUUGGGAGCUUGGCUGGAAUGAAAACCAGCAACCACAGGGGGUCCCCAGGACCAAGUUUGAGAAGCUCUGAAUUACAGGGUGAUUCAUACAUUGAAAAAUAAGAAAUUAACACGUUGUAUAACAUAUUCACUUUUAUUCAGCUAGUUCCUACAUCAUCACAUACUGUAGUGUCAAACCCUUUCCUUUGGAAUGCUGUGCCAUGUUACAGAUAGGGUUAUAUUUAUUGAACAAGAAUGCUGUGAAUUUCAAAUGUUUCAGAAUGGGUGGUUUAAACAGCUGAAAAGUUAAAAUACUUAUAUUUUAUGUAUUAAGACUAGUGUAAAAAAAAAAAAAAAAAGAAA